AUGAGCCAGGAAGAUCAAGAAAAGAGUAUGGAUAAGAAAGAAAUUGCAGAAGAAGAGAGGGAGAAAAUGUUAAAUGCUGAAAACACGAAACAUACGGUGGCAUCGACCGCUCCAGACGCGGAAUCCGAAGACCAGAAACCUAAAAAGAAAAUUCCAAUUGGCGGUAUUAAGAUGCCCGGCUUCUGUCGUACGAAGAGCAAGGAACUUUGUAAAGAGGAUGAGGGUAAACCCACUGAAACUGGUGAAAGCGAUGUGGCUGAAAAAACCGCGAAAGAAAGUGAUCAAAAUGUAUCAUCAGAAAAAACGAACACACAGAUUAAAGAUACAAAAGAAAAGGAAGGACGAAAAGGAAUUCUCGGCGCUAUAAAAUUGCCCUUAGUUUCAGUUUUUCCUAAAAAGAAGAAUAAGGUAAUCAUAGAAUUGGGAACUACUGGUGCUGCUGGGUUAGCCAGUGUUGAAACACUUGAUGAUGCUGUAAUGGAGAAAAAUCCUAUUGGUAACGAAGAUGGUAUGGAAACCAUUCGACUCGACGGAGAUGCUCCAGACGUAAUCGAGCCUCCUAAGCAACAUUUCCUUGUUUCUUGUAUAUCCAUUGCAAGAAGAAAUUUGUUUGUGUUAGUGGCAACGUUAUGUAUCCUGGCAUCGGUCGUAAUUAUCAUCUGUAUUGCUUGCAUCGGUCCAAGAAAAAGUAUUUCACAGCUAGUAAGGGAUGGAAGCCUCUUUGAAGCAGUAACUUCUUGUGGACCUGUGGAAGGGGUAUCGGAAGACGGUGCAUUUGCGUUUCGUGGGAUUCCGUAUGCUGUCCCGCCAUUAGAAAAUCGUCGUUGGCAACCUGCAGAACCUUUACGAAAACUUGAAUACUGUUGGGCCAAUACAUAUCAAGCACACAAUUCUUCGGAAGUUUGCUGGCAACGAGAGACUUCAGGGCGUGUUAUUGGAAACGAAGAUUGCUUAUACUUAGAUGUUUUCACACCUGAAGUCAGAUACAAUUCACCCUUACCAGUAGUCGUUAUGAUUGGUGCUGAGACUCUUAGUGGUGGUUCUCCAGGUGUAAUGCAGCCUUCUGCAAAACUUGCUCGUGUUCGUGAUAUGGUGUUUGUUAGACCCAACUUUCGCUUAGGAAUCUUCGGUUUCUUAGCUGCGGAGCCACUUUCGAGGGCAACGCACCCUCUUACAUCUGGAAAUUACGGAUUAUCAGAUAUCAUAGCAGUAUUGCAAUGGGUUCAUCUCAAUAUCGAAAAUUUUGGCGGAAAUAAGUCAUCUGUAACUUUAUGGGGACAUCGGGCAGGAGGAACCCUUGUAACAACUUUGGUUGGAAUUCGACGAGCACGGGAUCUUUUUCAAAAAGUGUGGAUCUCCAGCGGUAGUGCGAUAUUUCCUGGGAGGGAAUUGGAAGUUUCAGAAAAACUAAGUGAACUAUUUUUGAAUUCCACAAGAUGUAAUGACGCUGCCUGUUUACGAAGCAAAAGUGCCGAAGAGAUAAUGGAUUCAGUUCCAGAGAUUUGGCAUUUAGGAAAUGUUGGUCUGCCUGAGACUAGGGAAGCAACAAGAGACAGAAGACACGAGUGGCUGGUGCUUGACCGUGCCAUUCUUCAGGAACCAGUAGGUCAGAUUUGGGCAGGAGAUGAAUUUUCAGUGAAAAUUGUAAUGGGUACUACUGCUCAUGCUGGAGCACCUCUGAAAUAUCUUACUUCCAAUACUACUCUUAAUUCUACACAAGUAGAGAAAAUUGUAAGAGAAUCUUUACUUGGCACAACAGGUUUAGCAGAUGAAGCGCUCAGACGUUAUAAUGCAACAUUGAAAGGAUUGUUAAGCAUGAUUUCGGACAUUCGUGUUGUAUGUCCAUUGCUAACAGUCGCCAGAAUGAAGACAAAUAUUCCAUUCUAUGUAGCAACGCAACCACGAGGUCAAUUUGCAGACCCUGACAGUGAUGCUGCAGCAAUACUUGGAUCAUAUGCUGCUCGUACACCGGCUGAAAAAAGACACGUGUCUGAGAUGCAACAACUUUUCAAUCGCUAUGUUUGGCAUGGUGAAGUAGCUCAGGCUGAUCCUAAUGGUGUGAAACGAGUUUUAAUCGUCGAACAAGACACACUCCCAGAUCGUGACUAUCCUAAUUGCGAUUUUUGGAUAGGAAAAGAUAUAGUUCCAUCAUAUGGUCGAGUUGAUUGAAUUCUUUUUCUUGGAAUUACACGUUUG